AUGUCUUGGAUAUGGGACUGGUUCUCUGGUGUUCUCAAUUAUCUUGGGUUGACCAAAAAGAACGGUAAACUGGUAUUUCUUGGAUUAGAUAAUGCAGGCAAAACAACACUGUUACACAUGUUGAAAGAUGAUCGGAUGGCACAGCAUGUACCUACGUUACAUCCAACUUCUGAAGAACUAUGCCUUGGAGGUAUUCGUUUCACAACUUUCGACCUUGGUGGUCACGAACAAGCACGGCGUGUUUGGAAAGAUUAUUUUCCCGCGGUUGAUGCCGUUGUAUUUUUGGUUGAUUGUGCCGAUUUAGAGCGUAUAAAUGAAAGCAAACAUGAGCUCGAAAGUUUACUGGCAGAUGAACAAGUUGCUGCUUGCCCUGUUCUUGUACUUGGAAACAAAAUUGAUAAAGCUAACGCGUUAGGUGAAGAUCAAUUAAAGUGGCAUUUAGGAAUUGCAAAUAUUUGCACUGGAAAGGGGCAGAUAUCACGUUCUGACCUUUCGUCGCGGCCAUUGGAAGUUUUUAUGUGCUCUGUGUUGAGGCGUCAAGGUUAUGGAGAAGGUUUUAGAUGGCUUUCGCAGUAUCUGGAUUGA